AUGAAGACCACUCUCGCCACCGCUCUGGCUCUUGCCACCAUCGUCACUGCCUGUCCUGAGCACGAUGCUGCGGAACGCCCUGCGGCUCGUCAAGGCCGCCAGGCGAACCUGCUCGCUGACUAUCUCCCGUAUGUCGAGUAUCCCCAGGCACAGACGGCCAAUGUGACAAAGUACGUUGUGGCUGCCCGAAAACUGGCGGGUGACGACUUGUACGCCUACUUUGCCCGCGACUGCAUCUACCAACCCAGAUACGUUAAGCUUGACGAUGCGGCUUUCCAGAGCGCACUGGCCCCAGCUACCGAGGUAUUCAAGAACUUCUACUUUGUGGGCCAGGCCGCCUGGUCCUCCUCGGCCUACGAUACGGGCGAUGGCCUCGUAAUUUAUGAUACGCUCGCUUCGUCUGCGGAGAUCGAGAGCAUCGUCUUGCCCGGGCUUGCUAAGUUUGGCUUCACUGGUCACGAUAUCAAGUACGUGCUGGUCAGCCACGAACACUUUGACCACUAUGGGGGCGCCCGAUACCUGCAGCAAAACUUUGGCGCCGCCGUCGUGGCCAGCGCUGAUUGUUGGAAGGCCUUGGAGGCACUCUCGCCUACCGCUAACCCAGCGCCGCCAGUGCGCGAUGCCAAGGCCAUUACCGUGACCAAGGAUGCUACCGAGGUCAAGCUGGGUAACGUGACGACGACUAUUUACCUUACCCCUGGCCACACUAACGGUACUAUGUCCUAUCUGCUGCCCGUGACAGACCUAUUGACGGGAGACAGGCUGCUCGCGGGUAUGUAUGGGGGCAGCGGCGCUUCCAGGACCGCCUGGAGUCUGGGCGUGCAAGCUGUCUCGCUCGAGCGCUUCGCGAACAUUGCGCGCAAAAACAAAGCCUCGGUACUCCUCAGCAGCCAUCACUCUCGUGAUCGCAGCAUGUAUAACAUUGAGGAGGUCGCACUCAGGACGUGCGAUAAACAGGGUCACAAAUGCAACCUGGAUAACCCGUGGAAUGUCGGUGUGGACACAUACUACCGCUGGUUGAUGAUGGAGUCGCUGUGCAUACGGGCUCAGGCCGCGAGGGGAGGCUUCAUUCUGAGCCAGUGA